AUGGGAAUGGACCCUUUCACCGUAAUCCACUCUCUUCAACCCGCCGCAGGCUUUCAGCAAGCUCGGCUGAAAACAGUAAUUAACCUAACCCACCAGACGCUUCUAUUUGGAUUUACCGUCGGCGUUCAAAGCCCGGCCGAUCUCAGACGACACCUCCCUCAGCGACGCCGCCUCCAGCUCCUCCUGGCCGAGCUCCUCCGCCGCCAGUUUCCGCAGGUCGACGGCCCGCGCCCGCCCCCCGAUCCCGUAGUCGGCGUCGAGCCGGUCGAGGUCCUGCUGCACCCCGACGCCGACGAAAGCGUAGUCCCCGCCGGCGAGGAAUUCCUCCAGCGAUUGGGGGACGUGGCCGCCGGAGCGGGCGAUCUGGUAGACGAGGCAGCGUUGGCCGACGCAGAUCUGGAGGGUGGCGACGGGGCUCUGGCGGUAGCGGGUGGGGGAGGGGCGCCACUCGACGUCGAGGCCGGCGAGGAGGUCGGGGGGGCCGCUGCCGCGGACGGAGCGAACGUCGGAGAUCCAGCGGGAGACGGCGGAGGGAUCGGCGGUGACGGUGGUAAUCACGAUGUCGCCGUAGAAGAAGACGUCGUAGGUGUCGGGUGCGUGGUAGCGGAGAUCAUGGUUGAUGUGGAUUGGGGUUAG